AUGCCGGUGAUUGGAUUAACUUUCGCCCUCAUUACAAAAGAGUCCCCGACGGCCGGGCCCCUAAUGGCCCCGUUGAUGGCUCCAUCCGUUGCACUUCGCCUCCCCCGAUUGAGAGAAUCAACCACUUUGAUGUUGCCGAUAUCCAAAACGUCGAAACUCAUCCUCACAAUCGCCGGCAAGAAGAAAGAAGAUAAGAAGGAAGAAAGAAGAAAACAAACGCCGAGUUCAUGUCCAUCACAUCGCCGGCGGCAAGAGAGAAAAGAAGAAGAAGAAAGAAGAAGAAGAACAAACCCCGGAGUUCAAUAUCCAUCACAUCGCGGCAAAAAGAAGAAGAAGAGAAAGAAAGAAGAAGAAGAACAAACGCCGGAAAAGUUCAUUUCCCAUCACUCGCGGCAAGAAAAGAAGAAGAAUAGAAGAAGAAGAAGAAGAAGAACUAAACGCCCAGAGAUUCAUGUCCAUCACAUCUUGCCGGCAAGGAAGAAGAAGAAGAAGAAGGAGAAGAAGAAGAAACAAACGCCGAGUUCAAUAUCCAUCACAUCCGGCACAAAGAAGAAGAGAAGAAGAGAAGAAGAAGAAGAACAAACGUCGAACUAUAGUCCAUUCAAGCAUUCGGCGGCAAGAAAGAAGAAGAGAAGAGAAGAAGAACAUAACGCCCCGAGUUCAUGUCGCAUCACAUUUCGUGCGGCAAGAAGAAGAAUAAGAAGAAGAAGAAGAAGAACAAACGCCGAGUUCAUGUCCAUCACAUCGCGGCAAGAAGAAGAGAAGAAGAGAAGAAGAAGAAGAAGAACAAACGUCACUCAUGUCCAUCACAUCGCGGCAAGAAGAAGAAGAGAAGAAGAAGAAGAACAAACAAACGCCGAGUUCAUGUCCAUCACAUCGCGGCAAGAAGAAGAAGAGAAGAGAAGAAAGAAAAAAAAAAAAAGAAAAAAAAAAAGAAGAAAGAAGAAAAAGAAUAAGUUGAUGAUGGUGAUGAUGAUGAGGAGGAGGGUAAUGGAGACCAUUAAGGAAGUGAAAAAAGGGGGUUUCAUCCCCAAAGUUAUAGUAGAAAGUUUGAGACGAGUUACAGCUGUGCAUCCGCGUCGGGCUGACGAAGAGUCUCUUUAUAGUGUACCUGGCUCUUGGAGAGAAUGA